AUGCCAUGGGGUGGCUGCAACCACACACCCUGUGGGGCACCCCCCGCCAGCCGGGUGCCAAAUAUGAGAGCAUCAGCACCAGAUUCUGCUACUUGGGCCCCAGUGCUGGCCUCCACCAUGGGUGCUUCUGUGCCGAAGCAGCUUGGCCUGAUGGCGCAGAUGGCCACGACCGUGGCAGGGGUUGCCAUAAGCUCUGCUGUAGGCCACACCAUCAGCCACGCGCUCACAGGAGGGUUUGGUGAGGGAAGCAGCUUGGAAGCUGCCAGGCCUGAUAUCAGUUAUCAGGAACCCCGAGCAACUCAACCUGCCUAUCAUCAUCAUCAGCAGCAGCUUGCUCCUUGCCAAUAUGAAAUGAAACAAUUCCUGGAGUGUGCGCAGAACCAGAUUGACUUCAAGCUGUGCAAGGGCUUCAGUGAAGUACUGAAGCAGUGCAGGUUUGCUAAUGGUUUAGCUUAAGCCUCCAGAACAAGGUUGCUGAAGACCGUCUUACAAGCACUGACCUAUGAAUGAAAAAGCUUCAGUAAUAGUCUAAAGCUGUCUGAUAUCUUGUUAGUUUGUAUAUUCACACUGUUGUCCUUGUGCUUU